CCUAAAUAAAAGCCCAUAUCGAAAACUGCAAUUCAGGCACUCCCAAAUUCAGGCACACAAACCUCUGCCUCCUAUUAACUUAAUGUCUCCUCUCUUGUUCCUCCCCUUCCUCCUCCUCCUUCUGCCCAUAGCCGUGCCCGCCGCGCAACUCCGCCCCGGCCAUUACUCCCAAACAUGCCCGGAAGCAGAAUCCGUUGUCCGGGACGUCAUGAAGAAGGCUCUAGUCAAAGAGCCCCGCAGCCUUGCCUCUGUCAUGCGCUUCCAAUUCCAUGACUGCUUUGUGAAUGGCUGUGAUGGUUCUAUGUUACUUGAUGACACGCCAACAAUGCUUGGAGAAAAACUUUCCCUUUCAAAUAUAAAUUCUCUGAGAUCUUAUGAGGUGGUUGAUGAAGCCAAGGAAGCCUUGGAGAAGGUCUGUCCCGGAGCUGUUUCUUGCGCUGAUAUCGUAAUCAUGGCGGCUCGAGACGCUGUUGCUCUGACGGGAGGACCUGAUUGGGAAGUGAAAUUAGGGAGAUUGGAUAGCUUAUCAGCUAGCCAGGAAGCAUCAGACAACAUUAUGCCAAGUCCAAGAGCCAACGCAAGCUCCCUCAUUGACCUCUUUGCCAAAUUUAAUCUUUCUGUCAAAGAUCUCGUUGCCCUUUCGGGGUCACACUCCAUUGGCCAAGGUAGGUGCUUUUCCAUCAUGUUUCGGCUGUACAACCAAUCCGGCACUGGGAGGCCCGACCCUGCCUUUGAACCAAAGUAUAGAGAAAAGUUGAACAGGCUCUGCCCUUUAAACGUGGACCAAAAUGUGACCGGAGACCUGGAUGCUACACCUUUGGUAUUUGAUAAUCAGUACUUCAAGGACUUGGUUUUGGGGAGAGGCUUUCUGAAUUCUGAUCAGACGCUUUACACAUAUCCACAAACCAGGACAUAUGUUAAACACUUUAGCAGUAACCAAGGAGAAUUUUUCAAGGCCUUCGUUGAAGGGAUGAUAAAGAUGGGUGACUUGCAGUUUGAGCAGCCUGGGGAGGUACGAAGGAAUUGUAGGGUGGCUAAUCACCAUCUUGGAGGGAUGAAUCCGACUUUCUGAAUAGAGACUAGAGACAAUACGCAUUAACAAGGCUUAUUGUGUUUAUCAUAAUGUGGACGUUGGUUCCAACAUACGAACAUAGAAUAUAACGUAGUGCUGUAAAUUGUUAGCAAGGCUUUUUCUAUAGUAAUCAGAACUUUCGGUUCUUCUGA